CUGAAACUGAAAGAGAUGACCAUGGCAGCAAACUUGGCGAGACGGAUAAUCAGAAACCAAUCAAACCAGAUCCUUUCUACAGUGAACUCUAGCACUUCCGUGGCUAGGGCUUUCUGCUCGUCCUCAACCACUCCAAUCACCGCAACCUUAUUCCCUGGAGAUGGGAUCGGUCCUGAGAUCGCUGAAUCCGUCAAAAAGGUGUUUACAACGGCUGGUGUGCCUAUUAAUUGGGAAGAACAUUACGUCAGCACUGAGAUAGAUCCGAGAACACAGAGUUUCUUAACAUGGGAGAGUCUUGAAUCUGUGCGUAGAAACAAAGUUGGUUUGAAAGGUCCAAUGGCUACUCCUAUUGGGAAAGGUCACCGUUCUUUGAAUCUGACUCUUAGGAAAGAGCUGAACCUAUACGCCAAUGUUAGACCUUGCUAUAGUCUUCCUGGUUACAAGACUCGUUACGAUGAUGUUAAUCUCAUUACCAUUAGGGAGAACACUGAAGGAGAAUACAGUGGCCUCGAACAUCAGGUUGUUAGAGGUGUGGUGGAAAGUCUUAAGAUCAUUACACGUCAGGCGAGUUUGAGAGUUGCGGAGUAUGCUUUUCACUAUGCUAAGACUCAUGGAAGAGAGAGAGUUUCUGCUAUUCACAAAGCCAACAUUAUGCAGAAAACUGAUGGUCUUUUCCUCAAGAACAUGGCAAACCCAACAGCGUUGCUGCUGAGUGGAGUGAUGAUGUUGCGUCACCUGAAGCUGAACGAACAAGCAGAACAGAUCCACAGCGCAAUCAUCAACACGAUAGCAGAAGGCAAAUACAGAACAGCAGAUCUUGGAGGUAGUUCGACCACCACGGAUUUCACAAAGGCAAUCUGUGAUCAUCUCUGAACAACAAUCGUAAAAAAAAAAAUCCUCAAAUUCUUUUUUUUUUUACCGAAUCUUUUCUGUGGGGGAUUGAUUUUAAACCUUUUAUACAGCUUCCAAAAUUCUUCAUGUUUAUUUGAUUACGAUUUAGAAUAAUAAUAAAAGAAAACAACAGAGCAUUGUCUUUUUUUUUUCUCUCUUGAUCAAGUUUUUUUUUGGAGUUCCUUUGAUAUUUACAGACUUGUCUCUGAAGUAAGGAGCAAGAGUGAGAUUUACA